CCAUAUUUGGUCAGUAUUCGGUACUUAGGCUUUUUGAAUUGGUCUCCGAAUCUUCUUCCUUGAAUAUGGGUGAAGUAUAUCAGAAAGUCCCCAAUAUUCUGCUGUCAAUACCUGCUACUUCCUGCACUCGAAUGCCUCAUAAUCAAGGCGCUGGUGGGCGAGUAAGGUUAAGAUAUGAAAUCCGAAGGCCUGAGCAAUCAACAGGAACAGCCCCACAAAAAUGUUGAGUAAGGCUGUUUUGCCUGCUUCUUCCAGCUCUGCGGAGCCAACUUUGAGUGCCCCCUCCCUGCCAUCCAAAAAUACCAGAGGACAUAGUUGUGUGCUCUGUCAGCGACGAAAGGUCCGCUGUGACCGACAGAAGCCAUGUUCUAAUUGUCUCAAAUCACGAGCCGAGUGCGUUCCGAGUGCUCCUCCUCUCCCCCGACGACGACAAAAAAAAGUCACUGAGACAGAUUUGUUGGCCAAAGUGCGUAGAUAUGAGCACUUACUGAAAAACCAUGGGAUUCUGACUGAAGAGGAUGAUGAUGCCGAGGGGGAAGGCCCUGGUGCCGAAGAAAAAAGAGUUGAACGUCACGAAUACAAGUCCUCUCGAGAAAACGGUGGGCCGCCUCAUCAAUCGAUGUGUAUCUCUACCAAGGCUCCAGAAGCUGUGACUGGUGCAUUAAUUACCAAUAAAGGAGAAUCUCAUUAUGUCGAAAAGUAUGCCUCUCUAAUGACGCAGUACAAAACAAUGGCUAACGUAUCCAGUACACUCUGGGAGAAUUUGAGGGAAGAAAUAGAAGACCCAAGGGACAUCCUCAACGGAUCAGUAUGCUCGGAUGAUGAGACAAAUGAGAACAGCAUAUUUCCUUGUGCAGAAUCCUUUCUCGUUGGUCAUUCUCCAUCUCCACAAAUGUUGACCAUGCAACAUCCACAGCCAGUCCACAUUUUCAAGCUCUGGCAAACCUUCCUGGUCAAUGUCAAUCCCUUGGUAAAGAUGGUUCAUGCUCCUACAAUGCAGCAGACAAUUCUCGAUGCUAGCGGCGAUCUGGAGAAUAUUUCAAGGCCUACUGAAUGUUUGAUGUUUGCUAUAUAUCUGCUUGCUGUCACGUCUCUAGCCACAGAAGACUGCGAAAGUAUGUUCGGUGAUUCGAGGUCAAAUCUUACCAAAAAAUACUCUCAUGCUACUCUACAGGCGUUGAUAAAUUCCAAGUUUCUAAAGUCUCUGAACAUUUCGACUCUACAAGCCUUUGCGUUUUAUCUCGUAAGUUUGUUCUCUCACUUGUUCACUUGAACCCUUAUAAUUUACUCGUACUCUUUGGUUUCCGAUGCAGUUCAUGAUGCUUUCUUUGAAAUCCCAUAAAAUGGACUAACAGAAAAUCUAGCUCGCUGCCCAAAAGCUCUACGAUGCCCACUCUAUGUGGGUUCUCACAGGAUCUGCGGUCCGCAUAUCUCAAAGACUUGGCCUUCACCGCGAUGGUUCUCGUUACAAAAUGUCCCCGUUUGAUGCCGAAAUGAGAAGACGGACAUGGUGGCAGAUUGUCUUUCUUGACUCGAUUGCCUCGAAGUUUGCGGGAGCAGGCUUCCCCAUGUGGCUCACCAAAUUCGACACAAAGAUUCCUCUGAAUAUCAGCGAUAGCGACUUGAGUCCAGCCAUGAAAGACCCGCCUGUUGCCAAAGAUGGGGCCACAGAAAUGAUGUUCUGCGCUCUUCGAUUUGCGGUCGGUCAGUUAGUCCGAGACCAUGUCAGUCAAUGGCGUGAUGCAAUCGGCAAUCCGGACAUGAUUGGUAAGAAACUCAAGACAGUUGAUGCAAUAGAGAAAACGUUGAACGAGAAAUUCAUUCGUUAUUGCGACCCCUCGAUUCCCUUACACAUGCUCGUCGAUUAUACUGCCAAAAGCGUUGUCUGUUCACUGAAAAUCAUGGCCCGCCAUCCACGGCAAUUUCCAGAUAAAGGGGCCAGUAUGUCGCAAGCUGAUAAAAAUAUCUUAUUUGACUUAAGUUUACGGGAGGUGGAAAUUUACAAUUUGAGCCAAAGUGUUCAAGCUAUUCGCGGCUAUUCUUGGCAUGUUCAACACUACUUCCAAUUGGACGCAUUCAUCCAUAUCCUCAGCGAACUUGGAAAUCGCAUUCUAGGAGAAGAGGUGGAGCGCGCAUGGAGAAUAGUCCAGCUUGCAUACGAGUAUCACAGUGACAUGAUCACCAAUACUAAAAAUGCACUCUUUUUCGCAACCGGAAACUUGUGUUUAAAAGCAUGGCGGAAAAGGGAAGAAGCAGGACUUGCAACACAAGGCACAUAUCACACCACGCCACCUCCCUAUAUCUCACAGCUACGUGAGCAAAGGAGCGGUUCCGACCUUUCUCUGCCUUCGAAAGUCACUCGUGUUGAGGAAGCCAAAUCCUCAACAACUCAAGGAUUGGAGUAUCCAACUAACAUAUCACGACUGAACAAUCAUACCCAACUAACCAAUCAGUACAUCGGCAUGAUUGACACCGGUUAUUCGGACGUCGAAAUGCCAGAGAUCACGCAAGAUGACUGGAUUUAUUGGAACACUAUUAUGGAUGGAGAUCUUCCAGCUCAUAACAGCCAAGAUAGUCCAUAUUUUAAUUGA